AGAGGAGGAGUCAGUUCGAGUGAAGAUGGCGGCUACUGUAUGAAACAAUGUGAAGGAAAUGCUGAAGUCGUAAACAAACGAAGAAGAACAAAUCCAAACACCGAAGCCGGCUCGGAAAAGAGAGUGGGACGCGCACAGUGAACCGUGAACCAUAACCAGGGGAUAAAGCAUCACCGAAAAGGUAUGGCUUGAGAUCAAUCGAGAAGAAGCACAAUGAGCAGAGAACGGAAGUGCAUUCUGUGUUUAAUUGUCUACAACUCAAAACGGGAGAUGGAUGAGCACAUGAGGAGCAUGCUGCACCAUAGGGAGCUGGAGAACCUCAAGGGCAGGGACUGUGACCACGAGUGCAGGGUAUGCAGGGUGACCGUGGUGGGGCUCACAGCCUAUGCCAGCCACAUCUCCAGCCAGCUUCACAAAGACAAGGCGGAGGCGCGGGAGAGGGAGGACGCAGGCAAGGGGGACGCAGUGGAGCAGUACUUCGACAAGGACCUCAUCGAGCUUAUCGAGAAGCGCAAGGAGAGGAUCCGAAAGGAAGAUGCCAGUGCUGAGAACUCCAAUCAGGGAGACUGUUGGCGCAGGUCAGACGAGAGGCUGAACUUCCCAGAAAGCCAAUCUCGCAGGCACCACAAGGGGGUGCCACCCAGGGAUUGGGAGUGGGAAGGCAACAGCUGCCAAAAUAUUGGGCAAAGAAACUUCCCCCAUCCCAGCAGGAACCAGACCCACCACUCAAGUGGGACCAGGGGAGCUUCCAGCUGCCAGUCAGGCUCAUCUGGAUGGCACCCUAGUCAAGGGCAGGCCAGCUGGCACCAAAGUUGGCAAGGAAGGAACUGGCACCAUGGUGGGCGUGGAGGCUUUUCUACCUGGAAAUCUGGGAGCCGGGGGAAAUGGAGGGAUUACUUCCAGGAUAGGUUCCACUUGGGAAUGCAUAAUGGGAAAAAAGGGUCGCAGCACGAUUCCUCUAUGGAUUUCACUAGUGACUCCCUGUCGUUCAGCAACGCGAUUGAUUUCAGCCAAGUGGAAAACCAACCAGUCUCUAAAACAGAGAGGAACAAUGGGAAGAGCUCCAGCAACCCUCCCAGGGAUAAGACGCACCGCUGGGCUCCGUACCCUCCAGCUAAAAGCCAGGAAGUGGGAUCCAAAGAUGCUGACUCCAGGCUGACUGAGGGGAAUGAUCCCUCUCAACUUCCCUGCCAGCCCCUGCCCCUGAAGAACCUGAACAUUCGCAUACGUUUCAGACCUGACCUUUCGCCGGCCGGAGAGCAUGCAGAGAGAAGUAACAGUGCGCCCCCAGUGUCAAGUCACUCUGUGGGGGAGAGCAUAGCUAAGCAAAAGGCUUCCGCCAGGAACAGAAGUCGGAGACAGAGAUCCCGGACCCGGAACACCGCUGCCGAGACGCUCCACAAUCAGGGGGCCCCUUCCAGCAAACCAGAGGACAAGAAGUCUGCAUUGAAAGAAUCUGAAGACAAGCUCAAGUGGAGCACUCGGGAUCAGGAAACAAACAAGAACUCGUACAUCUCCAAACUCCGGAGUGCCACACGACAAGAUAACUCCUUAGAGGAGAUGCUCAUAAAGGCCAAAGAGGCCCUUAAAUGCAGCAAGCCAAAAAAGACCUCAGACCAAGCCAUGGAGCCGUUCCAAUUAGAUCGAAGGCCAAGCAAGGAGUGCGAGACUUCCACAGAUUGGACUGGAAGUAGGAGCAAGAUGAGCCACCUUCAGGACAUCAGCGAUAGGGAUCUCUCUGACUCUGGACGACACAACACUGAGGCACAUCCUGGGAACGCAGGCUUAUCUCAUCCUGGAAACUCAAGCUUAUCAUACAAUGAAACGACAGAGGUGUAUCAUCUGUGUACAAGCAAUUCAGAAACCAGCGUUCUCUCGCCUUCACACCUGCCAUCUUUGCAGUCCGUGGAUGUCAGCACAUUGAGUAGUUAUUCCCAGAUAACUGGGGAUGCAGCUCAAGGGGAUGGAGAAAGACAAGUGGACAGUGGGGGUGAGCUGACGAAGGACCAACCUGCUGCAGGAUUCCUGGUGACCGACCUGAGCAAGCUGGGCCUGCCGGCCUCCCUGAAAAGGGAUUUGACUCGACACAUCACCUCCAAGAAUAAGACAGGCUCGCACGAACCCAACCUCAACAUUGCCCGCCGCAUCCGCGACAUCAGCGGGAGCCGCAAGAACGAUUCUGACAAAGAAUCCGGGCUGAAACCGACCCUCCGCCAGCUCAUCAGCUCCUCUGGGUCCUGCAGGAACGUCGACUGGGACCAGGUGUACCAGCAAGUUAGCAGGAAGAAGCAGGAGCAGGGCAAAGGCAUGCCGAGGUUUGGCAUAGAGAUGGUGGCUCCUACUCAGAAUGAACAGGAGGGUUUGGAUGUAGAGGAGGCAUCUGAUAUGCCGUAUCUGGAAGGCUACCAGUGGGAAAGUAUCUGUGCAGCUCUCCCCACCUCGACCCGGAAACGCAGCCUAUCAGAGAGCAGCGUCGUCAACGACCGCAGCGCCUCCGUCUACAGUCUCUUCUCUGACAACCCAGCAGGGGGCAACAGAGAAGAGGGAGACUGCAUUCCAACCCUGCCUUCUCCCCACGGACCAAACAGAGACCAACGCUCCCAGCCUCCAGAAUCGGAGAGGGAUUCCCUGUCCAAGAAGACCUCCAGCCCGUCCCUACAGGAGCUGCCCUGCGUGAAGUCGGAGGUAGAAGGCACAGAGGGAGAGGCUCCCAGGGGUCCUGAGAUGCUGUCUGAGGGAGCUGCGGCCUCAGCGAUGGGCCCUGAUGGAUCUCUGGAGGGAGACAGCAGCUGCACAUCGGGGACUGAGCAGAAUGACAGCCAGGGCGUGGGGAAGAAACGCAGAGCUGCUGCUGAGGGCCAUUUGUCGGGAAUCCCCAGUUCAGAAAGAAAGAACAAAAGAAGGAAAAUCAAAGCUAAAAAAGAGCGCUCUCAGGUGGACCAGCUGCUGAGCAUCUCUCUUCGGGAAGAAGAGCUGAACAAGUCUGUGUAUGGGGUGGAAAGCAGCCUGCUGCAGGCACGGGCUGCCCUACAGGCUGCCUACAUGGAGGUGCAGCGCCUCCUAGUGCUCAAGCAGCAGGUUACAAUGGAAAUGAGCACAUUGAGAACCCAACGAAUUGAGAUCAUCCAAGGACUGCAAGAGUCCUAUGAUGGUCCUCACUCUGAGCCGAUGGCUAAAUUUGAAGCAAAAGCACUGCCCUGCCCUUUCCGAGAUGCCUCUCUUCACGUGACCAGUCAGCCCUCCACCACCAUCCUCUCCCCAUUCCCCCACCUGACUGUCCCGCCUGCCUCCCUGUGCCCACCUGCAGCACGAGCACUCCCCACCAGCACGCCGUCCACUCUCAUCAAGCAGGAUCCCGACACUCUGGACAGUCAGGCAGGAACCCCCCUCACCACAGCUUCAUCAGACCUGCAGCCUGGGAACAGCAGCCUGUACGCCACAGCACUGGAGUGUCCGCUCACCUCCACACCGGUGCAAGGCACAAAGCCCAGUUUGUCAGUGUCUCCGGGGUUCGCUGGAGCCGUGAGCGUGGCUGGACUGGUAGAGGGAUUUGGGCAGGUCGGUUGUGACUCCCAGGAGAGUGUAAGCUUGUCUUUAGAGGCUCGCUGGACCAAACAAAGAGAGAACUGCUCCCCCAGUCAGUCCCAGUCCUCCCACAGCAUGAAGGUGCAGGACAACCCAGUAACCAGAAGCUCCUUCCUAGGCCCAGAGAGGCCCAGUAUCUGGGCCCAAAAUCAACUGCUGUCGUGCCAGACAGCCCUGGAGGAAGAGGCCAAGCAGGGGGCUGAGGGACAUGCAGAAUCUACCAUGGCGGUGCCAGAGAACAAAGCUGGGAAGAGACUCAAGAAACUAAAAAAGAAGAAAGCUCUACGGAAAGCCAACGAUGGGCAAGAGAACAGCGACACGGAGCAGGACGGGGACGUGAGCAGGCCGGUCAGGAAGAGCAAGCCCAGGAAAGCUACCAAAGGAGGGAAGGUGAGCACAUCCACCCCCCAGAAGGGAUACAGGCUGGGCCAGGGCUCUGAGCCCUCCAAAGCAGGUCUGGAGCAGGGUUCUGCCGAUAGCGACUCCUCCCUGGAGAUGAUCGAGCUCCCCAGCACACAGCUGGAGGUGGUGGCCAUUGAUUCCUCUGACUCUGGGGAUGAGAAACGGGGCAGUCCCAAAAAGAGAGCGCUCCCCACAGUCUCGACAUGCAACCACACAGAGGAUCAGAAGCUGGGCUGUGAUGAAGUGAGCUCCACUAGCGAGUUGGUGACCAGCAGGAAGAGCAGCACCAAUGUGGUUAAGACCGAGUCUGCUGAGGGAUUGAAGAACUCUUCAGGUACUGUAUCACAUGCACAGGUUCCUCUGUUAUUAAGGUUGUUGGGAUUUUAACCAGUUUUAUGUCUU